AUGUGUGGCGCUCUGGGCGCAAGUGGGCUAGCUCAUCCGAGCCCUACUGCAGGCUUCGCCGUCCUUUUCUUGCAGCUCAUCGACAGAUCAAAUUCCAAUCGAUAUAUCGUGCCGUCGCACAAUGCUGAGGUCCAUCCACCAGAAAUGAACAAUGCAUGGUCGAUAGCAAUCAGAUUGCCCUGUAAAGGGCCAAGAUCUAUUGCAGCUUUUCAAUGGCCAAGGUCGUUCCUAAUCCUUGGAGAACAUACCGUCUGCAGUAACGCCAUCAGUACAUCCAUUGCUCGGCAGCAACAGCAAUGGCUAAGCAGAAACUUUUCAACCGUACCAUCUCGAUUUGCGAAGUUUGGCAAAAGAAAUGUCAAACCGCGGCGUGAAGAACCCCGACCGUCGCUCGAAAAGAAUGCUUCCGCGUCGCUUCCGCCUACAUCGAAACCCGCUGAAUCUCCUUCUGGCAAGCCGGCCCAAGAAAGAGAGAAGGCACAGGUUCAUCUUUCACAAACACAGGUCGCCAGUAUUCUUGGUCCAGGCUUAACAUUCGAUCAGGGCAUGGAGUUGUUGCAAGAGCUUCAGUAUCGUAGAGUUACGGGUUCACUGUCGGACAAAGGCAUUGACUUUCCCGGUAGAUCGGAGUUCACGCGUGAUCACUGCACUAGGGCAUUGGAAUGGCUACGAGAUACAUAUCCUGUCGAUGAAGAAGCUGCAGCGGCAGAAUAUGCGGAAGAGUUGGCCGAAGCAUUGCGGAAGGAACUUGAGGAGCGGGCAAGGAGCUUGCGUUUGUACAAGAAGGUUGAUGCAGAGGCAGAGGAGUCCAAAGAACAAGAAGACAUCUACAUUGAUGAGCAUUAUGAUAAGAUACCGCUGCGGGAAGAUCAGACCAGGGAUAUAACUAGCGAAAGCGCUUUGAUGGCGCGCAAGGAGUAUGUCGAAGCGUCACGCAAGAAGGCCAAGAUAGAAGCCGAGAAAGAGGCUGCGGAGAGGGAAGCGCGAGGAGAAAAGCCCCCUGAAGCAUACAAAGGACAGGCGCUGGUUCUCGCGAAGCAGACGGCAAUCGCGGAUGCCAGCAAGAAGAAGCACGAGCGUUGGGAGAAACUCAAGCAAGAGGCUGAACUCAAAGAAGAGGAUCUAUUCGCGGAUCGCUCAGCCUUUAGUCGUCUUUGGGCACCUACGCUUCUGGGGCUUACUGUGGUAGGAUUAUCUUGGGCAUAUGCAGAGUCUUACGAGCCACCGAAGAGCUCGAUGCGUAUCUUCCCAUCCAUAUCUCCAGCUGCAGCGACUAUCUUCACUCUCGCAGGCAUAAAUCUCGCUCUUGUGGUGCUCUGGCGUCAUCCGAGUGCUUGGAAAAUGAUGAAUCGGAACUUCCUUCUCUCACCUGGACAUCCUCACGCAUUCAGCAUCGUAGGCAGCCUGUUCAGCCAUCAGCAAUUUUCCCAUUGGAUGUGGAACAUGAGUAUGCUCUAUGUCAUUGGCAUUCCUUUGCACGAGGAAGUCGGUCGCGGCGCCUUCCUCUCCAUAUAUCUAUCUUCCGGAGUCCUAGGCUAUCUUACCAGCCUAACCUUCAAUGUCCUCACAAAAUCCUAUCUCAGCGCCACCCUGGGCGCUUCUGCGGCUAUCUUCGGUCUUGUCGGCGCUUAUUUUACCAUCUCGGAGACCCGCAAACUCAAUCUUCCGAAGUUUAUGGGAGGCGAGAUCGAAUACUCUAGCUGGCUGCCACUCGCGACAAUCAUUGUGUGGGAGCUAGUACGUUGGAGGAUGAACAGGUUUGUCAUCGAUGGAGUAAAUGGUGGUACCGACUAUUUGACCCAUUUGGGAGGCGUGUCUGCUGGAGCUUUCAUUGGAUGGGUGUUGAGAAAACGACUUGAAGCCGAGAGAGCGGAAGACGAGUUAGUCCGUCAAACUUCCGGUGAGCUAUCGGCAAGUGAGCUGCAAGACAUUAGGUGACAGUCAUCUCGUGCUGUCCGCUGUACCAUUAUGUACGAUUAUCUCACAUCACUCGCGUGCGACAGGUAAAAUCACCAGGAAAUCAUCACUUUGAUAAACCGCUCUGGUCGUGCGGGUCCGGCGUCUCCUAAUUUGCUGUCCUUCACAUCUACGUGACAACAACUGCGUCCAUAAUGUUGACUAGCCAGAUCGUUAUCGACCGAGCUUAUGAGUACCCAUGGACGAGUCGUCC